UUGGCAGGGGGAAUAACGUCGUCCCAUUUACUUUGCCAGUCCCCAACCUCAAUAAGACAGCAUAGGAACCCGAAUCGAAAUAAAUCAGAAAUGCUGUCGCUCAUUGUUUUAUUCCUAAUUCUUUUAAAAUCAGCUCGUGGCUUCAUCAUCACAGUGGACGCCCACGAGACCAUGUGCUUCUACGACCACGCCAACGUCAGCGACAAGGUGACCAUAUCCUUCGAGGUCAUGGAGGGCGGCUUCAAGGAUGUGGGCGUGGAGAUCUCGGGACCAGGGGACGAUCCCCUCCACCACUCGGAGCAGGACACCCAGGGCAGCUUCACCUUUACGGCCAUGAAGGAUGGUCUCUACCAACUGUGCUUCGACAACAAGAUGUCCACGCUGACCCCAAAGGUCCUCAUGUUCCAGUUCCACAUAGCCAGGGCCUUGGAGUACUACCAGGACACUUCGAAACGGUGGGACGAUGUCAUCGAACAGGCCAACGCACAGUCCAUGAUCAACGAACUGUCCUCCAAGCUGGGGGCCGUCAAGAUGGAACAGGAGUACAUGCACUUCCGCUAUCGCGGCCACUUGGAAGUCAGCAACAUGGUGGAGCACCGGAUCCUGGCUUGGUCCAUAUUCGGACCCAUGCUGCUGAUCAUCACGACCUUCCUGGAGGUGUACUACCUGAAGCAUUUCUUCGAGGUCAGGCGAGUAGUCUAACCAUGGGAUUUUCGCUUUUGGGUAUGAUCUUAGUGGAAUAAAUGUGAAUAAAUGGUUCUGAAAACAUCUGUAAUAAUAACAAAAAAAAUUGUUGGUAAGGAAGUACAUUGAAAAAAUGUAUUUACAUAUAAAUAUUAUAGGAAGGAU